AUGUUUGCCUUGCCCGACGCAAAGAGAGUACGCCGCGAGGACCUCAACCAGCCGGACGGCCUGGCGUCCGGCGAUGCCGCCGACGCCGCCCUGCAUGCCGAGCUGCAGGCGCGGCUGGACGCCCAGAUGGCCAAGUCGCUAGGCAUGCACACGCACGCGCACGUUCCCGAUGCGGCGCCGCCCCCCCCCAACCAGCCGAGAGAAGACGACGGACACGGCGCGGCGGACGCCGACGUCGGCGAGUUCGACUUCCGCCUCUUCCGCUCGGCCGGCGCGCCCGCCAGGGUGGUCCUCGAGCAGGAGCCCACGGCCCAGCAAGCCCCGGGCGGCCUGGUGCGCCGCCGCGACCCGUCGUCCUACCUGCCGCGCGUGCCGGACGCCCGGCGGCAGGAGUACCGCCUCGCCGCGGUGAGCGGGGAGCACGUCCUGGCCCGCUCGGCCCGGCCGUGCUGGGGCCUCCAACUCCCCUGGAAAGUGGAGCGUGUUGCCGUGACGCGCAAGGCCGGACCGGGCGACCAGGACGCCGCGGCGGCGGCGGCGAGAGGCAGCGAGGAGGGCGGGCGGCGCGCGCGCACGAAACGGCUGGGCAAGAGGAGGCGGAUCGCGGUGCGGGCGAGGAUCAAGGCACUGCGGGACAAGGAGGCGGCGGAUGCGAGCAGGGCGCUGGGCAAGGAGGAGCACCUGAAGGAGAAGAAGAAGCGGCUGAACCGGGCCAAGAAGUUGAGACGGAGGGCCCGGGACAGGGAGACGAAGGCGUCGCAAGGGGGGGACGGGGAUGGCGAGUAG